UGUUAUGUGUCAAAAAAAGUAAUAAUAAUGGCAUCAUAAAAUAAAAAAAGAAAAAUAAAAAUCAAACAUUUAAUAAAUAAUAGAUUUCCUGGGUUUUUACUUUGAAUACAGAAAAUGGAAUCACCUCCAAUAAAGCCUCCAAGAGGAGUAAAACCAGUUAAAGAAACGAGUGGUUUGUUAAUGUCAGUAAUCCGCACCUUAUCUGCUAGCGAGACAAAUGAACAAAGAGAUAGAGAAAAGGCAAAACUAGAAGCCGAUUACAAGAUCUGUGAUCAAAGACUCGAUCAUCUAGUAUCUAAACAUGAAAGUGAUCUUACUGAAAUUAUGCAUUUAUUUAGCACCAUAUCACAAUCUGUAACUGAAAAUAAAGUGAAAAUUCAUAAAGCAAAAGAACUGUUGCAAGACUGUAAAAAGAAAUUGAGGUGUAAACGUGAUGAGUUGAAAGCUUUAUGGAUGGAAGGCCUAGAAUAUAAAUAUAUGCUGCAAUUACUUGAGGAAAUAGAAAAAAUGAAUAAUGUCCCAAAUCAACUAGCCAAUCAUAUGUCGCAUAAGAGAUAUCUCCAUGCUACAAAGCUGUUGGUAGAUGCAGUAAAAUUAGGAAGAGACCCCUUGGAAGGCGUUGAGAGCUUAAAAGAGUUAAGCCAAGAAUUAGAACAGAAAAAAGAACAAUUACACUUGCAAAUUUUACAAGAAUUAAAGCAUAUUUUAUAUACAAAACCAUGCCAGCAUAUUUUAACACUAAGAAGGCAGGGCUCUGGCAGGAAUGGUUUUUUGAUCCAUUCACCUUUGCAGAGAAGCAUGAAACUUAGACUGAGUGGGAGAAAUAGGAGUAAUGUUUCUAAGAAUCUUAUGGAGGAUUUGACAAAGUCUGGGGCAAAGGACUUACUGUCAGAGGGUUUUAAUUUAGAUGAAGACCUGGACAGACUUAAUAUAGAUGAAAAUCAUAGGAAUUUUGUUGCUGUUUUAGUAAAAAGCUUGUGUUUGUUAGAAAAGCUUCCUUAUGCCUUAGAUGAAAUUGUUAGGGAGAUGCAAGUCUCUUUAACUCACAUUAUUCAGAAGUCCACACAGCAUGUUAUAGAUUUUACAGAGAACAUUGAUUCUAAGCGGGGGUUAAAGGAGCUGGUGGACAUUUUAUUUGAUCAGUUUAAGGAAAUAGCAGAUUCACAUCAAGUAUUUUUAAAAUGGGUUGAUAAGUCGAUAGCAUCUCAAAAUAUUGAUUUGAAACCUUACAGUUUGCAGUACUAUUGGUCGCAGGUUCAGGAAGUGUUGCAAGAAUUUCUAAGUGACUAUUUAGAUUUGCAAAAUAUGUCUGUAGAUUUUCAAAUGAACAGCACAGUAGAUCACAGCGAUAUUUCUGCAUAUUUUUCAAGAAAGAAACAGCAGAGUAAGAAGAAAGUGCUGUUCAAAUUUGAUGGUUCUUCAAGUGCCCUUGGUUUAAGUAGUGCCUUAAAAAAUAAUAAAAAAGAAAAAGUACUAAUAUGUUCACCACAUCCUAAUAAUAUAUUAGAUUUGUUUAUACCUUUUAUGUGUUUUACUGAAGAUAUCGAGCAAAUGUUGGGGAUGUCUCACGGAUCUUGUCCAUUGUACAAAUACAUAACGCAACACGUUUCAAGCGUGUAUCUAAAGAGAAAAUCAGAUGAAAUUAUAGGGGAAAUUGAAAAAGCCUUUAAAGCUCCAGAUGCAUGGAAAACUGCCGUACUUCUAGAGUUAUCUUCGGAUUACAAACCCUUAUUAGUUAGUACUGUUGCCGUUGAACGUUGUAUACGGGAAUGGAAAAAAGUUCUCCAAUCGCUACCGUUAUUCAGCGAAAAAAUCGCCGAAUUUUCUGUAAAAGCUUUGAAAGAAUACAGAGAUGCUUGCUAUUCGGCUUAUAAAGAAAUGGUGCAUCCUCAUUCGGAGGAUCGUAGGAUAUGUAGCGCAGCUUGGUUAAAAGAUGAGGAUAUAAAUCGGUUUUUAAAAUCCUUACCGAAUUGGCUAAAUUUAAAGGCACAACAAGAAUAUUAUGCCAGAAGUGAAAGAGGAAGAAGAAUGCUUAAGGGCCAACCAUCAGAAGAAGAAAGCCCGGAAGACGUACGAAUGAGAAACCGAAAAGAAGCAGAAAUUUUGGCCAGUAAUUUAGGAGAAGGAGGCGUAUCUGCAAGUGAAAUUCUCUCCGAUAUGACUCUUUUAAAGGAGUUAGCAACUUUGCAAGAAAGUAUGGAGUGGUUUUCAGUUAGGAUGUUUCAAUACACGAGUGAAUUUCGGUUAGAACCUUCGAAGUUGUCCCCACCAAAAGUAGAAAAUCAUAACGACAUUACACCACCGGUUUCCAGUGCAACGCUUCAUCAGUUGACCAGUAUAACUCAAGACUUUGACGAGCUUGCCAAUACAUGCCUUUUACUACUACAUUUAGAGGUAAGGGUGCAGUGCUUCCAUUAUCUACUAGCCCAAGCCCAAUGUAAUAAAGAAACCCAUGAACCAGAUCCUAAAGUAUCUGAACUUAGCAAAGUUCUAGCGAAUGUAGAUGAAGCGAUGACAUCCAGUUUACAUCCAAGAAAAUGCAAAUAUAUAUUCGAAGGACUCGGCCAUCUUAUUGCGAAAAUACUCAUUAGUUCUGCCCAGUACAUGCAGAUUAUCGACGAUGUAGGAAUUCAGAGGAUGUGCAGAAAUAUAUUUGCCCUUCAACAGACUUUAACCAAUAUUACCAUGACGAGAGAGCUUGCCCUAGACCAUGCGAGACACUACUUUGAGUUGUUUUUCUUAUCACCUGAGGAAAUUCUCAACGGUAUAGUAGACAAAGGUCCAGCAUUCAGUGAAUUAGAAUACAUGAACGCUCUACAACUGUUAAACCGUAGUCAAAAGAACAAGGACUCGAACGCAGUAACAGUUCAUUUGGAGCGAUUAUCUGAUAUAUUAGGAGAGGUCGGAGUAACUGUGUAAGGUAAACCACAGUAAUGUUCAACUUUAUACGAGAAAAAAAAGAAACGAACAAAUAUUAUGGGGUUUAAGUAGUACUAAAUUAAUUAUUAUUACAAAAGCCAUUUUUCGUUAUAUAGCUUUAAUAUUUACUAAGCGCUUAUUUUUUUUUUUUGAUCCAAAAACGAUAAUUAUUUUACAUACUUUUAACCUCAGACCUAAACCAAAUACGUUUUAUUACUUAUUUUAUUUAGCAUUAGGGGUAAUAUAUUAUUGAACGAAAAUGCAGCGUUAGCAGUAGUUUAAGGAUAAAAAUGUAUAUUUGUAAAUGUUUUGUAUUAUGUUGUUAAUUUAUAUAGAGGUCUAAAUUUCUAAAAAUAUACAAAUGACAAUGAGUUUACUACA